CAAAUAUAUUGACCAUGUCGUAUCCUCAAUUUGGUUACUCCUAUCACCCAUCUCCACAGUUCCUAAUGUCUACUCAACCCACACCAGGAGCUUGCUGUGACUCAGUACAAUCAGUAUCAGCUACGGCCAAUCACCACAGUGCUACUGCCGCAGCCACCGCGCCUGUCUAUCCUCUCACUACCCCGUGUGACUCCCGACUAUUGCCUCCUUAUCCACGCUUGGCCGGCAGUUUUGCGAUGAGUGGACUCUUUGGUACAACCUAUCCGGAACCCGCGGGCUGUAUUACUGCUCUUGGACCUAACGCUCCGACGUUCUACACCUCUCUGACUACAGCGGAAGACCUAAAGGACAGACGUCCACCAUGGGGUACUCUCACCCGAGGAUCAGCUUGCUACACUUACGAUUCUGCAUUAGCCGCUUACACUCCAUACGGUGACAGAUAUGGAUCACCAAUGGAUAGUGUUGCCAGAAGAAAGAAUGCCACUAGAGAGACGACCAACACCCUAAAAGCCUGGCUGUACGAACACAAAAAGAAUCCAUACCCAACCAAGGGUGAGAAAAUCAUGCUGGCUAUCAUCACUAAGAUGACACUGACACAAGUGUCCACGUGGUUUGCUAAUGCCCGGAGACGGCUGAAAAAAGAAAACAAGAUGACCUGGGAACCUAAAAACAAGUCAAAUGAAUCGUCAGAUAUAGACGAAGAGAAUGAAGAUUCGGUGGAUGAAACUGCCUGUAAUGAUGUAAAAACUGAGAGGCUUAGUGAAAAAACGGACGAAAGUAGAAACUCAAACGACGUGAUUACACCACAACUUUCAGUGGACGAUAAAUCUGAAGAUAGUAAAACAAACGAAAGAGUUCAAGACGAAAAUUGUAAUUCCAUAUUCCGAGAAGACAUAAAUCACUCGUCACCUCAGCAUUUGUCAACAGAGCAUGCGCAAUUCCCACGGUCCUCAGUCAGUAGGAUGUACGAUCAAGUUAUGACUUCUCCAAAUUCAAUUCAUGCAAGUAGUUCUGGUUCCCACAAUCCAAGACAAAAGAUUUGGUCAUUAGCCCGCACCGCCACAUCAAACAGCCCCCCUUCUCUAAAACGUCCUUCUCAGAUUACUUCAAACGGCCUGUCGGCUCUGAAAUGUCCUUCUCAGUCGACUUCAGACACUGUUUCGGCUCUGGAACACCUCCCUCAGUUGAGUUCGGAAAAUCCCUCUUCUUUGAAACAUUUUUCUCAGACAAAGUUAUAUACUUCAUCUUCAUCAAAACAAUCCAAAGAUGUUGAGCCAUCUAAUUCCUUUGAUUCAGAGAUGAAGGAACGUUUCUACAGGUUUACCAUGACUGAAGGGUUUACCAAUAACAAUGGAUUAGUGUCUAGUUACCCUGACCACUGGAACCUCAGUCCUGCUUCGAGAACUUCCAGCCCUGCCAACACUGGUCUAAUUAUGAAUUGUGAAGCAGGAAUAGAAAGAGUUAUGCCUGCACACGUGGUAACGACAACAGCACGAGAGGUGACGCUCCCGUGCUUUUCAGUAAAACAUCCCAAUUAUUCUUUAGACUCAACAGUCAGAGAAAGUGUGGCGAAUAAUAGCAAAUUUCCUGAAAGCAGAGAUUCUUUACCUUCUGAAACUUCUUACGAAUAUAGACGGUCUCGGGAAAAUGAGUUGAGUACGAUUGGCUCUAGGUUAAAUUUGAAUGGUAUCCCAGAAGUGAUUUGUUCGACAACGGUCAACGUAAGAAAUAAAGAAUCUCACAUUUCUGGAUGGGAAAACUAUCAGAGAACUUUCAGUGAUAGCAAUGGAGAAUUACCGCCCGGCUCUGUCGUCCCUUAUUCUGCGUUUGGAAGCUUUAAGAAUUUCGGCACAGGAAAUCCAACAGCCUUUAGACCAGUGGGAAUAAGUGACGUCUUCACUAUCGUAGACUCUCGGAAUUAAUCUUGUGAAUAUCAAAG